AACCAAAAGAAAGAUAAGUAGGAGGGAAACUCUGCUGGGUCUCAUUUGAGUGUUAAAAGCAAGAUACAGCAUCAGUCUGUGAGUGUAGUACAACCCAGCAGCACUUCAUUCAAAGAACCUUAAACCUCAUACUUGGAUGUUUUCUGGAGACAUAUACAAGAGGAGAGAUGAGAAAGAAGGGAAUAUAAUCAUCACACCUUUGUUGGCAAGAUGGACUUUCAUCUAACAUGCAGGAUGUGGUUUCAUCUCAGAUGAUGGCGGAGAAGAAUGGUGGAGGUCAUCUGUUGGAGGAGGAUGAGGUGGAUACUCAAAUCAGACCCAAAUGGUCCAAUGGUCGUUGUGUUCUUGCAUUGCCGACCUCUUCAACGCUAAACCCCAGUUUUGAUCUGUCCUUGUGCCGGGCAAAACUAGAGGAUGAUGGCUUCGAGAUUCCAGUCAGAGACCUGGAGAUUCCUCUGAGGAAAGCUCUGGAUGCUCCUUCAGUCAGGAGAUUCAUGGUUUUCCACUCGGCCCUCUUUCACUUUAUUUUUGCUCCGAUUCUGUAUAUGGUGAUUUGGUGUGCUGUCUUCUCCACCCUCCACGUCUACAUCACUGUGAGUGACUACUGGGUCCUCUGCCUCUCUGUCAGCAUGGUCACCAUCUUCAUCACCACCACCAUCAUCUUCAUCCUCCACUAUAGCAACAAGGAUAUCAACAUGAACUUGGAUGUGCGGUUGAUCCAGGUGAAUGAGAGGUUGAUCAAACACAAGCUGCUGGUGGCUGUGGCUGACUGGGUGCAGAACUGCAAGGGAAACAUGAAGCUGUACUUUGUGUAUUGGGACAUGUCCCACUGUCUGACAGUGCUGACUGAAACUUUAGACGAGCGCAGCUUUGGGAUGACAGACACCCAGAAAAGAAUGAAGAAGACGAUGUCACAUCUUAUCCUGGUGACAGAGAUAAACCCUGAGGUUGGGGGGUCAGAUAUGGAGCAGGAUUUGGAUGAACAGAGGCCUCUGCUUGGAGAUGAGGAGAUUGGCUGCAGUACCUCAUCCAGCCAGCGGGAGGAUACUAAAAUCACAACCAGCUACAGUCUGAUCCCUGAUGAAUCACUAUCUCCUCAGGUUAAAGCCUACCAGCUUCUGAUGACCUACAGUGCUGCUUAUGUGAAGCUGCUGGUGUCCCAGAGUCUGCCAGGAUCGUCAUACCACCGCCAGCGUUCCCGGAGGAAUCACUGCAGCAACGGCCCUCUCUGCCUCUGUCAGUACGUCACAAAGAAGAUCCUUCAAUGACAAAGCCGAUCAAGGUCAACGCAGGGAGACGGUGCAGGGAAGUAAAUGACUGUUUCUCUGCAGCCAAGCUUUCAGCUACACAAACUGAUGGUGUAGUACUUCCUUAUGAGCGAGCAUGGUUGACGUAACGUGUUUAAGGAACUGACGAUAAUGUGAAGGAACAGUUUGGAGCAUUUCAGUGAUUUUACGGCUUUCUCUAUAAAAGCAAGGCCACUCUACCUGUGAUGCUGUUUCAAUGCCAGGUCUGAGUUUGCCCCACCUCUCAACAUCUCUGCCAAAAGCUGUCAUGCUGGGAACACGCUGACGUCUGUUCCAGCUCCUUUAAACAAUCUUUCUAUAUCUUAUAUGUUUGAUAUUCAUUGCCUCGAUUACUGCUGUUUGAAUUAUUUUCACAAAUAUUUAUUAUUCAUUCUUGUGAUUUAAUUUUUAAACAAUUUGUUAGGUGUUUGUUGCUGUAUUUACAAAGUGGUUGGAAGUUUCUCUCCUGCGUACUUUUAAAACACAAUACCUCCUACGACAUUUAUAUCAAUAUACUGGCUCAUUUACUCCCAAACAAAAACAUUUAAUCCUGUUUUACUCUCAGAUAAAUAUUUUAUAGUAAAAUAUGUUCUCAGAAUACAGUGUAACAAUAAAACAAGGGUUUCCCAUUU